AUGGGAACUCAAGCAACAGAAACUCAAGCAGCAGAAGCUCAAGUAAUGGGAAUUCAGGCAAUGGGAACUCAAUCAACAGGGACACAAGCAACAGAAACUCGAGCAAUGGGAACUCAAGCAACAGACACUCAAGCAACAGAAACUCAGGCAAUGUUAAAUCAAGCAAUGUUAACUCAAGCAAUGGAACUCGAGCAACAGAAACCCAAGCAACAGAAGCUCAAGGACUCAAGCAACAGAAACUCGAGCAAUGGGAACUCAAGCAACAGACACUCAAGCAACAGAAACUCAGGCAAUGUUAUUUCAAGCAAUGUUAUCUCAAGCAAUGGGAACUCGAGCAACAGAAACUCAAGCAACAGAGGGACUCAAGCAACAGAAACUCGAGCAAUGGGAACUCAAGCAACAGAAACUCAAGCAGCAGAAGCUCAAGUAACGGGAAUUCAAGCAAUGGGAACUCAAUCAACAGGGACUCAAGCAACAGAAACUCAGGCAAUGGGAACUCAAGCAACAGAAACUCAAGCAGCAGAAGCUCAAGUAACGGGAAUUCAAGCAAUGGGAACUCAAUCAACAGGGACUCAAGCAACAGAAACUCGAGCAAUGGGAACUCAAGCAACAGGCACUCAAGCAACAGAAACUCAGGCAAUGUUAACUCAAGCAAUGUUAACUCAAGCAAUGGGAACUCGGACUCAAGCAACAGAAACUCGAGCAAUGGGAACUCAAGUAAAUGGAACUCAAGCAGCAGAAGCUCAAGUAACGGGAAUUCAAGCAAUGGGAACUCAAUCAACAGGGACUCAAGCAACAAAAAAUCGAGCAAUGGGAACUCAAGCAACAGACACUCAAGCAACAGAAACUCAGGCAAUGUUAACUCAAGCAAUGUUAACUCAAUCAAUGGGAACUCGAGCAACAGAAACUCAAGCAACAGAAGCUCAAUUAUUGAGAAUUCAAGCAAUGGGAACUCAAUCAUCAGGGACUCAAGCAACAGAAACUCGAGCAAUGGAAUCUCAAGCAACAGGAACUCAAGCAGCAGAAGCUCAAGUAACGGGAAUUCAAGCAAUGGGAACUCAAUCAACAGGGACUCAAGCAACAGAAACUCGAGCAAUGGAAUCUCAAGCAACAGGAACUCAAGCAGCAGAAGCUCAAGUAACGGGAAUUCAAGCAAUGGGAACUCAAUCAACAGGGACUCAAGCAACAGAAACUCGAGCAAUGGGAACUCAAGCAACAGAAACUCAAGCAGCAGAAGCUCAAGUAACGGGAAUUCAAGCUAUGGGAACUCAAUCAACAGGGACUCAAGCAACAGAAACUCGAGCAAUGGGAACUCAAGCAACAGGAAGUAAAGCAGCAGGAGCUCAAGUAACGGGAAUUCAAGCAAUGGGAACUCAAUCAACAGGGUCCGAAGCAACAGAAACUCGAGCAAUGGGAACUCAAGCAACAGACACUCAAGCAACAGAAACUCAGGCAAUGUUAACUCAAGCAAUGUUAACUCAAGCAAUGGGAACUCGAGCAACCGAAACUCAAGCAACAGAAGCUCAGGGACUCAAGCAACAGAAACUCGAGCAAUGGGAACUCAAGCAACAGAAACUCAAGCAGCAGAAGCGGACUCAAGCAACAGGAACUCGAGCAAUGGGAACUCAAGCAACAGGAACUCAAGCAGCAGAACCUCAAGUAACAGGAAUUCAAGCAAUGGGAACUCAAUCAACAGGGACUCAAGCAACAGAAACUCGAGCAAUGGGAACUCAAGCAGCAGGAACUCAAGCAGCAGAAGCUCAAGUAACGAUAAUUCAAGCAAUGGGAACUCAAUCAACAGGGACUCAAGCAACAGAAACUCGAGCAAUGGGAACUCAAGCAACAGGAACUCAAGCAGCAGAAGCUCAAGUAACGGGAAUUCAAGCAAUGGGAACUCAAUCAACAGGGACUCAAGCAACAGAAACUAAGGCAAUGUUAACUGAAGCAAUGUUAACUCAAGCAAUGGGAACUCGAGCAACAGAAACUCAAGCAACAGAAGCUCAAGUAACGGGAAUUCAAGCAAUUGGAACUCAAUCAACAGGGACUCAAGUAAUAGAAACUCGAGCAAUGGGAACUCAAGCAACAGGAACUCAAGCAGCAGAAGCUCAAGUAACGGGAAUUAAAGCAAUGGGAACUCAAUCAACCGGGACUCAAGCAACAGAAACUCGAGCAAUGGGAACUCAAGCAACAGGAACUCAAACAGCAGAAGCUCAAGUAACGGGAAUUCAAGCAAUGGGAACUCAAUCAACAGGGACUCAAGCAACAGAAACUCGAGCAAUGGGAACUCAAGCAACAGAAGCUCAAGCAGCAAAAGCUCAAGUAACGGGAAUCCAGGCAAUGGGAACUCAUUCAACAGGUACUCAAGCAACAGAAACUCGAGCAAUGGGAACCCAAGCAACAGACACUCAAGCAACAGAAACUCAGGCAAUGUUAACUCAAGCAAUGAUAACUCAAGCAAUGGGAACUCGAGCAACAGAAACUCAAGCAACAGAAGCUCAAGUAACGGGAAUUCUUGAAAUGGGAACUCAAUCAAAAGGGACUCAAGCAACAGAAACUCGAGCAAUGGGAACUCAAGCAACAGACACUCAAGCAACAGAAACUCAGGCAAUGUUAAAUCAAGCAAUGUUAACUCAAGCAAUGGGAACUCAAGCAACAGAAACUCAAGCAACAGAAGCUCAAGUAACGGGAAUUCAAGCAAUGGGAACUCAAUCAACAGGGACUCAAGCAACAGAAACUCGAGCAAUGGGAACUCAAGCAACAGGAACUCAAGCAGCAGAAGCUCAAGUAACGGGUAUUCAAGCAAUGGGAACUCAAUCAACAGGGACUCAAGCAACAGAAACUCGAGCAAUGGGAACUCAAGCAACAGGAACUCGAGCAGCAGAAGCUCAAGUAACGGGAAUUCAUGCAACGGGAACUCAAUCAACAGGGACUCAAGCAACAGAAACUCGAGCAAUGGGAACUCAAGCAACAGAAACUCAAGCAGCAGAAGCUCAAGGACUCAAGCAACAGAAACUCGAGCAAUGGGAACUCAAGCAACAGACACUCAAACAACAGAAACUCAGGCAAUGGACUCAAGCAACAGAAACUCGAGCAAUGGAAACUCAAGCAACAGGAUCUCAAGCAGCAGAAGCUCAAGUAACGGAAAUUCAAGCAAUGGGAACUCAAUCAACAGGGACUCAAGCAACAGAAACUCGACCAAUGGGAACUCAAGCAACAGAAGCUAAAGCAGCAAAAGCUCAAGUAACGGGAAUCCAAGCAAUGGGAACUCAAUCAACAGGUACUCAAGCAACAGAACCUCGAGCAAUGGGAACCCAAGCAACAGACACUCAAGCAACAGAAACUCAGGCAAUGUUAACUCAAGCAAUGAUAACUCAGGCAAUGGGAACUCGAGCAACAGAAACUCAAGCAACAGAAGCUCAAGUAACGGGAAUUCAAGCAAUGGGAACUCAAUCAACAGGGACUCAAGCAACAGAAACUCGAGCAAUGGGAACUCAAGCAACGGGAACUCAAGCAGCAGAAGCUCAAGUAACGGGAAUUCAAGAAAUGGGAACUCAAUCAACAGGGACUCAAGCAACAGAAACUCGAGCAAUGGGAACUCAAGCAACAGAAACUCAAGCAGCAGAAGCUCAAGUAACGGGAAUUCAAGCAAUGGGAACUCAAUCAACAGGGACACAAGCAACAGAAACUCGAGCAAUGGGAACUCAAGCAACAGACACUCAAGCAACAGAAACUCAGGCAAUGUUAAAUCAAGCAAUGUUAACUCAAGCAAUGGGAACUCAAGCAACAGAAACCCAAGCAACAGAAGCUCAAGUAACGGGAAUUCAAGCAAUGGGAACUCAAUCAACAGGGACUCAAGCAACAGAAACUCGAGCAAUGGGAACUCAAGCAACAGACACUCAAGCAACAGAAACUCAGGCAAUGUUAUUUCAAGCAAUGUUAUCUCAAGCAAUGGGAACUCGAGCAACAGAAACUCAAGCAACAGAGGUUCAAGUAACGGGAAUUCAAGCAAUGGGAACUCAAUCAACAGGGACUCAAGCAACAGAAACUCGAGCAAUGGGAACUCAAGCAACAGAAACUCAAGCAGCAGAAGCUCAAGUAACGGGAAUUCAAGCAAUGGGAGCUCAAUCAACAGGGACUCAAGCAACAGAAACUCAGGCAAUGGGAACUCAAGCAACAGAAACUCAAGCAGCAGAAGCUCAAGUAACGGGAAUUCAAGCAAUGGGAACUCAAUCAACAGGGACUCAAGCAACAGAAACUCGAGCAAUGGGAACUCAAGCAACAGGGACUCAAGCAACAGAAACUCGAGCAAUGGGAACUCAAGUAAAUGGAACUCAAGCAGCAGAAGCUCAAGUAACGGGAGUUCAAGCAAUGGGAACUCAAUCAACAGGGACUCAAGCAACAAAAAAUCGAGCAAUGGGAACUCAAGCAACAGACACUCAAGCAACAGAAACUCACGCAAUGUUAACUCAAGCAAUGUUAACUCAAUCAAUGGGAACUCGAGCAACAGAAACUCAAGCAACAGAGGCUCAAGUAAAGGGAAUUCAAGCAAUGGGAACUCAAUCAACAGGGACUCAAGCAAUAGAAACUCGAGCAAUGGGAACUCAAGCAACAGGAACUCAAGCAGCAGAAGCUCAAGUAACGGGAAUUCAAGCAAUGGGAACUCAAUCAACAGGGACUCAAGCAACAGAAACUCGAGCAAUGGGAACUCAAGCAACAUACACUCAAGCAACAGAAACUCGGGCAAAGUUAACUCAAGCAAUGUUAACUCAAGCAAUGGGAACUCGAGCAACAGAAACUCAAGCAACAGAAGCUCAAGUAAUGGGAAUUCAAGCAAUGGGAACUCAAUCAACAGGGACUCAAGCAACAGAAACUCGAGCAAUGGGAACUCAAGCAACAGGAACUCAAGCAGCAGAAGCUCAAGUAACGGGAAUUCAAGCAAUGGGAACUCAAUCAAUAGGGACUCAAGCAACAGAAACUCGAGCAAUGGGAACUCAAGCAACAGAAACUCAAGCAGCAGAAGCUCAAGUAACGGGAAUUCAAGCAAUGGGAACUCAAUUAACAGGGACUCAAGCAACAGAAACUCGGUCAAUGGGAACUCAAGCAACAGACACUCAAGCAACAGAAACUCAGGCAUUGUUAACUCAAGCAAUGUUAACUCAAGCAAUGGGAACUUUGAGCAACAGAAACUCAAUCAACAGAAGCUCAAGUAACGGGAAUUCAAGCAAUGGGAACUCAAUCAAUAGGGACUCAAGCAACAGAAACUCGAGCAAUGGAAACUCAAGCAACAGGAUCUCAAGCAGCAGAAGCUCAAGUAACGGAAAUUCAAGCAAUGGGAACCCAAUCAACAGGGACUCAAGCAACAGAAACUCGAGCAAUGGGAACUCAAGCAACAGAAGCUCAAGCAGCAAAAGCUCAAACACUCAAGCAACAGAAACUCAGUCAAUGUUAACUCAAGAAAUGAUAACUCAAGCAAUGGGAACUCGAGCAACAGAAACUCAAGCAACAGAAGCUCAAGUAACGGGAAUUCAAGCAAUGGGAACUCAAUCAACAGGGACUCAAGCAACAGAAACUCGAGCAAUGGGAACUCAAGCAACAGGAACUCAAGCAGCAGAAGCUCAAGUAACGGGAAUUCAAGCAAUGGGAACUCAAUCAACAGGGACUCAAGCAACAGAAACUCGAGCAAUGGGAACUCAAGCAACAGAAACUCAAGCAGCAGAAGCUCAAGUAACGGGAAUUCAAGCUAUGGGAACUCAAUCAACAGGGACUCAAGCAACAGAAACUCGAGCAAUGGGAACUCAAGCAACAGGAACUCAAGCAGCAGAAGCUCAAGUAACGGGAAUUCUUGAAAUGGGAACUCAAUCAACAGGGACUCAAGCAACAGAAACUCGAGCAAUGGGAACUCAAGCAACAGAAACUCAAGCAGCAGAAGCUCAAGUAACGGGAAUUCAAGCAAUGGGAACUCAAUCAACAGGGACUCAAGCAACACAAACUCGAGCAAUGGGAACUCAAGCAACAGACACUCAAACAACAGAAACUCAGGGACUCAAGCAACAGAAACUCGAGCAAUGGAAACUCAAGCAACAGGAUCUCAAGCAGCAGAAGCUCAAGUACUCAAGCAACAGAAACUCGAGCAAUGGGAACCCAAGCAACAGACACUCAAGCAACAGAAACUCAGGCAAGGUUAACUCAAGCAAUGAUAACUCAAGCAAUGGGAACUCGAGCAACAGAAACUCAAGCAACAGAAGCUCAAGUAACGGGAAUUCAAGCAAUGGGAACUCAAUCAACAGGGACUCAAGCAACAGAAACUCGAGCAAUGGGAACUCAAGCACCAGGAACUCAAGCAGCAGAAGCUCAAGGACUCAAGCAACAGAAACUCGAGCAAUGGGAACUCAAGCAACAGACACUCAAGCAACAGAAACUCAGGCAAUGUUAAAUCAAGCAAUGUUAACUCAAGCAAUGGGAACUCAAGCAACAGAAACUCAAGCAACAGAAGCUCAAGUAACGGGAAUUCAAGCAAUGGGAACUCAAUCAACAGGGACUCAAGCAACAGAAACUCGAGCAAUAGGAACUCAAGCAACAGGAACUCAAGCAGCAGAAGCUCAAGUAACGGGAAUUCAAGCAAUGGGAACUCAAUCAACAGGGACUCAAGCAACAGAAACUCGAGCAAUGGGAACUCAAGCAACAGGAACUCGAGCAGCAGAAGCUCAAUUAACGGGAAUUCAAGCAACGGGAACUCAAUCAACAGGGACUCAAGCAACAGAAACUCGAGCAAUGGGAACUCAAGCAACAGAAACUCAAGCAGCAGAAGCUCAAGGACUCAAGGAACAGAAACUCGAGCAAUGGGAACUCAAGCAACAGACACUCAAACAACAGAAACUCAGGCAAUGGACUCAAGCAACAGAAACUCGAGCAAUGGGAACUCAAGCAACAGAAACUCAAGCAGCAGAAGCUCAAGUAACGGGAAUUCAAGCAAUGGGAACUCAAUCAACAGGGACACAAGCAACAGAAACUCGAGCAAUGGGAACUCAAGCAACAGACACUCAAGCAACAGAAACUCAGGCAAUGUUAAAUCAGGCAAUGUUAACUCAAGCAAUGGGAACUCGAGCAACAGAAACCCAAGCAACAGAAGCUCAAGUAACGGGAAUUCAAGCAGUGGGAACUCAAUCAUCAGGGACUCAAGCAACAGAAACUCGAGCAAUGGGAACUCAAGCAACAGACACUCAAGCAACAGAAACUCAGGCAAUGUUAUUUCAAGCAAUGUUAUCUCAAGCAAUGGGAACUCGAGCAACAGAAACUCAAGCAACAGAGGUUCAAGUAACGGGAAUUCAAGCAAUGGGAACUCAAUCAACAGGGACUCAAACAACAGAAACUCGAGCAAUGGGAACUCAAGCAACAGAAACUCAAGCAGCAGAAGCUCAAGUAACGGGAAUUCAAGCAAUGGGAACUCAAUCAACAGGGACUCAAGCAACAGUAACUCAGGAACUCAAGCAACAGAAACUCGAGCAAUGGGAACUCAAGCAACAGGCACUCAAGCAACAGAAACUCAGGGACUCAAGCAACAGAAACUCGAGCAAUGGGAACUCAAGUAAAUGGAACUCAAGCAGCAGAAGCUCAAGUAACGGGAAUUCAAGCAAUGGGAACUCAAUCAACAGGGACUCAAGCAACAAAAAAUCGAGCAAUGGGAACUUAAGCAACAGACACUCAAGCAACAGAAACUCAGGGACUCAAGCAAUAGAAACUCGAGCAAUGGGAACUCAAGCAACAGGAACUCAAGCAGCAGAAGCUCAAGUAACGGGAAUUCAAGCAAUGGGAACUCAAUCAACAGGGACUCAAGCAACAGAAACUCGAGCAAUGGGAACUCAAGCAACAGACACUCAAGCAACAGAAACUCGGGCAAUGUUAACUCAAGCAAUGUUAACUCAAGCAAUGGGAACUCGAGCAACAGAAACUCAAGCAACAGAAGCUCAAGUAAUGGGAAUUCAAGCAAUGGGAACUCAAUCAACAGGGACUCAAGCAACAGAAACUCGAGCAAUGGGAACUCAAGCAACAGGAACUCAAGCAACAGAAGCUCAAGUAACGGGAAUUCAAGCAAUGGGAACUCAAUCAAUAGGGACCCAAGCAACAGAAACUCGAGCAAUGGAAACUCAAGCAACAGGAUCUCAAGCAGCAGAAGCUCAAGUAACGGAAAUUCAAGCAAUGGGAACUCAAUCAACAGGGACUCAAGCAACAGAAACUCGAGCAAUGGGAACUCAAGCAACUGAAGCUCAAGCAGCAAAAGCUCAAGUAACGGGAAUCCAAGCAAUGGGAACUCAAUCAACAGCAAUGGGAACUCGAGCAACAGAAACUCAAGCAACAGAAGCUCAAGUAACGGGAAUUCAAGCAAUGGGAACUCAAUCAACAGGGACUCAAGCAACAGAAACUCGAGCAAUGGGAACUCAAGCAACAGGAACUCAAGCAGCAGAAGCUCAAGUAACGGGAAUUCAAGCAAUGGGAACUCAAUCAACAGGGACUCAAGCAACAGAAACUCGAGCAAUGGGAACUCAAGCAACAGAAACUCAAGCAGCAGAAGCUCAAGUAACGGGAAUUCAAGCUAUGGGAACUCAAUCAACAGGGACUCAAGCAACAGAAACUCGAGCAAUGGGAACUCAAGCAACAGGAAGUCAAGCAGCAGAAGCUCAAGUAACGGGAAUUCAAGCAAUGGGAACUCAAUCAACAGGGUCUCAAGCAACAGAAACUCGAGCAAUGGGAACUCAAGCAACAGACACUCAAGUAACAGAAACUCAGGCAAUGUUAACUCAAGCAAUGUUAACUCAAGCAAUGGGAACUCGAGCAACCGAAACUCAAGCAACAGAAGCUCAGGUAACAGGAAUUCAAGCACUGGGAACUGAAUCAACAGGGACUCAAGCAACAGAUACUCGAGCAAUGGGAACUCAAGCAACACCAACUCGAGCAGCAGAAGUUCAAGUAACGGGAAUUCAAGCAAUGGGAACUCAAUCAACAGGGACUCAAGCAACAGAAACUCGAGCAAUGGGAACUCAAGCAACAGAAACUCAAGCAGCAGAAGCGGACUCAAGCAACAGAAAAUCGAGCAAUGGGAACUCAAGCAACAGACACUCAAGCAACAGAAAGUCAGGCAAUGUAAACUCAAGCAAUGUUAACUCAAGCAAUGGGAACUCGAGCAACAGAAACUCAAGCAACAGAAGCUCAAGUAACGGGAAUUCAAGCAAUGGGAACUCAAUCAACAGGGACUCAAGCAACAGAAACUCGAGCAAUGGGAAAGCAAGCAACAGGAACUCGAGCAGCAGAAGCUCAAGUAACGGGAAUUCAGGCAAUGGGAACUCAAUCAACAGGGACUCAAGCAACAGAAACUCGAGCAAUGGGAACUCAAGCUACAGGAACUCAAGCAGCAGAAGCACAAGUAACGGGAAUUCAAGCAAUGGGAACUCAAUCAACAGGGACUCAAGCAACAGAAACUCGAGCAAUGGGAACUCAAGCAACAGAAACUCAAGCAGCAGAAGCUCAAGUAACGGGAAUUCAAGCAAUGGGAACUCAAUCAACAGGGACUCAAACAACAGAAACUCGAGCAAUGGGAACUUAAGCAACAGGAACUCAAGCAGCAGAAGCUCAAGUAACGGGAAUUCAUGCAAUGGGAACUCAAUCAACAGGGACUCAAGCAAAAGAAACUCGAGCAAUGGAAACUCAAGCAACAGGAACUCAAGCAGCAGAAGCUCAAGUAACGAUAAUUCAAGCAAUGGGAACUCAAUCAACAGGGACUCAAGCAACAGAAACUCGAGCAAUGGGAACUCAAGCAACAGGAACUCAAGCAGCAGAAGCUCAAGGACUCAAGCAACAGCAACUAAGGCAAUGUUAACUGAAGCAAUGUUAACUCAAGCAAUGGGAACUCGAGCAACAGAAACUCAAGCAACAGAAGCUCAAGUAACGGGAAUUCAAGCAAUUGGAACUCAAUCAACAGGGACUCAAGUAACAGAAACUCGAGCAAUGGGAACUCAAGCAACAGGAACUCAAGCAGCAGAAGCUCAAGGACUCAAGCAACAGAAACUCGAGCAAUGGGAACUCAAGCAACAGAAACUCAAGCAGCAGAAGCUCAAGGACUCAAGCAACAGAAACUCGAGCAAUGGGAACUCAAGCAACAGACACUCAAGCAACAGAAACUCAGGCAAUGUUAACUCAAGCAAUGUUGACCCAAGCAAUGGGAACUCGAGCAACAGAAACUCAAGCAACAGAAGCUCAAUUAAUGGGAAUUCAAGCAAUGGGAACUCAAUCAACAGGGACUCAAGCAACAGAAACUCGAGCAAUGGGAACUCGAGCAACAGAAACUCAAGCAACAGAGGCUCAAGGACUCAAGCAACACAUACUCGAGCAAUGGGAACUCAAGCAACAGACACUCAAGCAACAGAAACUCAGGCAAUGUUAACUCAAGCAAUGUUAACUCAAGCAAUGGGAACUCGAGCAACAGAAACUCAAGUAACAGAAGCUCAAGUAAUGGGAAUUCAAGCAAUAUGA